CACUAUACAUCACCAUUGAUGCGACGAACGAAUUUCUACGGCUAGUCUUGCCUCUUCGGCGUCUUAACCUCUGGUUAAUUGUCAUAUUAUCCUUUUGCUUCGACGCUAUUUGCUUAGGUGGUUCUUUGAUAUAACUUCGUUCUACACUCGGAGCCAGGACUCCGACGUAGCUACAUGCGACGAUGAAGUUUUCGAUUUUCUCCCUCGGCCUGUUGGCCGUCUUCACGCCGUUAUCAGCGGCGUGGACUAAAGAAGACCGCGAGAUCUUCCGCCUCCGCGACGAAAUCGCCCAACACGAAGGCGCCAACGUAACAUUCUACGACUUCCUCGGCGUAACCGCUCGCGCUACACAAGACGAAAUCAACAAAGCGUACCGCAAGAAAUCACGCGCCUUACACCCGGAUAAAGUCAAACAACAACUCGCCGCCGAGCGCGCGCGAGAAGCUAAGAGUAAAGGGAAGGGGAAGAAGAAACCAGGGACUACGGUUACGAAAGCGCCGACGCAGGCGGAGGUUAAAGCCGCGGUUAAGAAAGCCGGGGAUAGACAGGCUAGGUUGAGUAUUAUUGCGAAUAUUUUGAGGGGAUCCGGACGUGCUAGGUAUGACCAUUUUAUGGCGCAUGGGUUUCCGGUUUGGAAGGGCACGGAGUAUUAUUAUAGCAGAUACAGACCUGGGCUCGGUACUGUGCUUUUUGGCGUCCUGCUUGUGGGUGGUGGGGGCUUCCAUUAUUUGGCGUUGUAUAUGAGUUGGAAACGCCAGCGCGAGUUCGUCGAGCGGUAUAUUAAGUUUGCACGACAGGCUGCUUGGGGUGAUAACUUAGGAAUUCCAGGCGUUGAUACGCCGGCUGCGGGAACACCGCCGCCUCAACCGCCUGCGGAUGAUGAGCAGCAGGGGCCUCCUAUGCCGAUGAACCGUAAGCAGCGGCGUAUGCAGGAGCGUGAGACUCGCAAGGAAUCGGCUAAGGAAGGUAGACGCCAACCCCGUGGUAGAGGCCGUGUUGGACAACAAGCUAGUGGAAGUGCGACGCCUGUGCCACAGAGCCAGGGUUCCGGUCCGUCUGGUGCUAGGAAACGAGUCGUGGCUGAGAACGGAAAGGUUCUUGUUGUUGACUCACUUGGUGAUGUGUAUCUGGAACAGGAGGAUGCCGAUGGCAAUGUAGAGGAGUUCCUUCUUGAUCUUAACGAACUCCCCAAACCCACGAUCAAGGAUACCGCUCUCGUCAAGCUACCACUAUGGGCCUACUCUAGAACCAUCGGCCGUAUCCUCGGAACCCCGAAAGCCGCCGAUAAUCUAGAUGAGCAAGUGGACGAGGAUACUGAGAUACAGGUAGUAGAAGAUCUUGCCGAUGAUUCUUCCUCGUCCGAACCCGCCCAGCGAACACCAUCUACCGACUCUACCGAGGACUUCGAACUACUCGAAAAGAGCGUUGAGGAACUACCGAACAAACCUAAGGCAACGGGUAGCCAGGCGCAGGGUGGUAGCGGAAACAAGGCCAAGAAGAGAAAUAAGAAGCGUUAAGAGUCGGACCUCACACAAUGAAAGGGAUAGCUGGAAAAGGAGGCGGGGGAUUCGUGGGUGGUGGGGAGAAGCCUUAUACAGCAAACAUUUGUUUGUCGUGCUUUUAUGCCCGAAUUCUCCGUGAUACAUAGAUUAUUGGUUGGUUGAUAGGAGUUGAGCGUCUGAAAUACUAUUGAAAUACUACUCAUAUUACCGGAAAGUUUAUUGCACAAUGUUUAUUAUCUUGUGGCUAUUCAUUUAGCACUUGAAGAAUUUUAAAAACAUGGUAGUUGAGUAAGGAUAUGUUUAUUUGAUCACGCUACCUAAUUCAAGGAGAUGCUGGAGAAUGCUCAAUACUAGACCGAGUAUUUGGCGCUGGUGUGGGGGGGGAAGGGGUGAAGAGGUAUAAUUGUACUUACCAAAUUUGUGCGACGAGCGCUGA